CCUCCUGACGCCUCGUCGAGCUGCCGGCCGCUCUCCAGCCCCGCUGCCUGCUCCCUUCUCCGGCCUCGCCGCCCCACGCCGCCACCAUGAGCCAGUCCUACUCCUCCAGCCAGCGUGUUUCUUCCUACCGCCGCACCUUUGGUGGUGCCUCCCCGGUCUUCUCCCGUGCCUCCUUCGGGGGCAAAGGCAGCAGCGGUAGCUCCGUCACCUCCCGUGUCUACCAGGUGUCUCGCACCUCAGCCGUCCCCACCCUGUCCAGCAUCCGCACCACCCGUGUGACACCCCUGCGCUCCUACCAAAGUGCCUACCAAGGUGCCGGAGAGCUGCUGGACUUCAGCCUGGCCGAUGCCAUGAACCAGGAGUUCCUCCAGACCCGCACCAAUGAGAAGGUAGAGCUGCAGGAGCUCAAUGACCGCUUUGCCAACUACAUCGAGAAGGUGCGCUUCUUGGAGCAGCAGAAUGCCCUCAUGGUGGCUGAGGUGAACCGCCUGCGGGGCAAGGAGCCCACCCGCGUGGCUGAGAUGUAUGAGGAAGAGCUGCGGGAGCUCCGGCGCCAGGUGGACCUGCUCACCAACCAGCGAGCCCGUGUUGAGGUUGAGCGCGACAACUUGCUCGAUGACCUGCAGAAGCUUAAGCAGAGGCUGCAAGAGGAGAUUCAGCUGAAGGAAGAAGCUGAGAACAACCUGGCUGCUUUCAGAGCUGAUGUGGACGCAGCCACAUUGGCACGCAUUGACCUGGAAAGACGCAUCGAGUCGCUGCAGGAGGAGAUCGCCUUCCUCAAGAAGGUGCACGAAGAGGAAAUCCGGGAGCUGCAGGCUCAGCUGCAGGAGCAGCACAUCCAGGUAGAGAUGGACAUCUCCAAGCCUGACCUGACAGCUGCAUUGCGGGACAUCCGUGCCCAAUAUGAGAGCAUCGCUGCCAAGAACAUCGCUGAGGCUGAGGAGUGGUACAAGUCCAAGGUGUCUGACCUGACACAGGCGGCCAACAAGAACAAUGAUGCACUGAGGCAAGCAAAACAGGAGAUGAUGGAGUACCGGCACCAGAUCCAAUCCUACACCUGUGAGAUCGAUGCCCUCAAGGGAACGAAUGACUCGCUGAUGCGCCAAAUGCGGGAGAUGGAGGAGCGUUUUGCAGGAGAGGCCGGUGGGUACCAGGACACCAUCGCCCGGCUGGAGGAAGAGAUACGGCACCUGAAGGACGAGAUGGCCCGGCACCUGCGUGAGUACCAGGACCUGCUCAACGUCAAGAUGGCCCUGGAUGUGGAGAUUGCCACAUACCGCAAGCUGCUGGAGGGCGAGGAGAACCGGAUCAGCAUCCCCAUGCAUCAGACCUUCGCCUCUGCACUCAAUUUCCGAGAGACCAGCCCAGAGCAGCGUGGCUCUGAGGUGCACACCAAAAAGACCGUGAUGAUCAAAACCAUCGAAACUCGCGAUGGAGAGGUGGUGAGCGAGGCAACCCAGCAACAGCAUGAAGUGCUGUAGAGGAGGCUGCUCCAGCAGCCCACUGGCACCUUCCAUCCCUGCCUCCGUCCUGCUGUCAAGCCCCCCUCCAGUCCCCCACCUUGCCCCCCGGCCCUCCCCCAGCACUGCCCGAGGUGUGCAGCCGCCUCUGGGACUCCUGCAUCCCUCGGGCUCUCUCCUUCAGCUUCAAAAGGCUCGCUCUGCUUUUGCAGCUUUGCAGUGGCAAUGCCAGCGUCAGGAUCAGGCCCAGGCCGGGGGGUGCAGCAGGAGGAAGGGAGGGGACAAGCAGGAGGGGCUGGGGGGGAGCAGGUGGUGGCCUGGGCCAGCUCUCUGGAGAGCCGGACGGUCCCAGCAGCGGGUUCUGGAUCCCCCUGCAGCCCCCUCCCUGCGGCAGGCACGGGCUUGGGGUUUGUCCCAUGGGAACAGGGUCCUGUCCCCCUGCACCAGCACUGCCAGCCUCCCCAGGGCUGGCACUUCUCUGGGUGCAUGGUGGCGAUGCUGGUGAUGGGGAGAAGCAGGGUCCGGGCAGAGCCUCCUGUUCUCUGCCGGGCUUGCAGCCAGGGUGCUCCCAGCGUGCGUCCCCCCUGGCCCGGGAGGCAGCCCUGUGGGGCAGAGGAGGGCAGUGCCCACCCCACCCCAUCACGGGGACCCCCAGCAGCAGGAGGCUGCGUGGGGCCAGGCUCGUGAGCCGAGAGGGUACUCGUAGGUGGACACAGGAGAGAGGAGUAGUGAGUGAGUGGGAGAGAGGGGGGAGAGAAGGAGAGGAGCCGGAGAGAGGCCCAGGGGCCAGGGGAGGCGCCCUCACCCCUCGCCCCAUUGCACCCCCACCCCACUGCAUCUACGUGACUCUUCAGGUGGCUGAAAUAAACAGCGGAGCAUCACUCCUUC